AUGGUCUCCAAGGUUCUCUUCUGGAGCGGCUUCGGUGUCGCUGUCCGGCUAUGGCAGCUGGGCAUGGAGAUGCGCCCGUUCUUCAACAAGGGCUCGCUCUGGGCCUACCCUCUGUACGCAACCAUCGGAGGCAGCUUCGGCUACUGGCUGCAGGGCGUCGAGUCCCGCCAGUAUAAGCUCCUCGCCGACCGGAAAGAUGCCCUGCUCGAGAAGCGGGCCCGCGUCGCCGAGCAGGAGAAGGCCGCCGCGUAA